AUGGUAGACCGCUUAAGAGAGCAAAAGGAGCAAAAGGAGCAAGAGAAGCAAGAGAAGCAAGAGAAGCAAGAGAAGCAAGAGAAGCAAGAGAAGCAAGAGAAGAGAAGCAAGAGAAGCAAGAGAAGCAAGAGAAGCAAGAGAAGCAAGAGAAGCAAGAGAAGCAAGAGAAGCAAGAGAAGCAAGAGAAGCAAGAACCUAGGAUCGCCCAGACCUUUCUACUCAAGCCGCGCGAAAGUGGUCCUCUGA